AAUGAUGCGAAGGCCCUGGUGGAGCUGUGGCCACUAGGGAGUUUCCUGGUCACGGGACAUGACCCCAGCCAAGUCCUGGUGUUGAAGACAGGACCUUCACCAGGAGAAGUCAACACCUACAGGAUCCAGAAAUUGCCUGGAGGUGAGGCACCUACCUGUGGUUUCCAGUCCAAAUGUAUCCCCAGGAUCUGUCAGCUUUCAUUCCAGAAUAUCUCCUAAGUCGGCCCCACCCUGCCUGACCCUGACACCUAAGUCUGAGCCCCCAUCACCUGUUGCCCGGUAGUCUAGUUAUGUUGAGGGAUAAAUGUCUGUUGAAGCCACCAUAGACUGAGCCUUUGUUACAGACCCAAACACCCGCUCUGGUCUUGCUGAAAUCCACUCUGAGCACAGCUACCAGGGUGGUCUUCCCAGACAUCACUUGCACUUUGCACAGCCCUUCCUCCAACCCUGCCAAUACCACCCAACAUACUUAGAUACAAAUCUAAGCCUCUCAUCGCGGCCUACAAGACGCUGUGCGAUGGAAACCUCUUCGUUAAUGCCCCUCCUGCACUCUGGUCCCACCAUGCCCUGCCCUUUGAGCAUGCACUGAAAAUGCACCACAGGAGACAGGAAGCCAGUGAAUUUGUCUCCUAAAUAUUUGUCUGAUGACUGAAUCCUAUUUGGUGGCAUCAGCGGGAUGCAAGAAUCAAGAGGGAGGAAAAGAUGGGGACUCUAAGGAAUGGAAAUGUCCCUGAUGUCCCUGUUCUGAAGGCCUCUGCAAUGGGGGUAGAUUGCAGGGAUGGUGGUAGAGAGUCCCAGGAGAGACGAUCUGCCAACCCUCCAGUUUUGUUGCUUUUUUUUUUUUUUCUUUUUUUCUUUGUUCUCAUCCCUACUGAUUCCUGCCCCCAGGUGUGUCCCUGGAGACCUCCAACCUCUGCAUGCCAGACCUACCCCACCUCCUGGCCUUCUUAUCAGCUAGCAGGGAUGUUUUGCCUAAAACACUGCUCCUGCCCUCUUCUACUCUGGCGCCCGGAGAGAAACACAAAGAUUCUGUGCAGGUUGGCAGGGUACAAGGUGACCCCUCAGGGAGGGUGCUCUCUGUGGUGAACCAGCUCUACCUGGAGACUCAUGGAAGCUGGGGAACAGAGCAGAACCCCCAAACAACAGAGCCAGAGACUGCCCAGAGGCAUGAUCCAGCCACCAGGAACCCCGUCCAGCACCGGGUCUCCUGGGUGGAAGGGCCGCUCAGCCCAGAGGUGCGCCCUCCUGGGCCGGCUCUGGCCAGUCUGGUGGAGGAGAAAGAGGAGGAGGAUGAGGACAACGACCCCUACAAGGAUGACGUGGAAGCCCCGGAGGAUGUGCUCACUGUCCACGUCCGAGCUCUGGCCAGGGCGCGGAGCAGCUACGUGGCCAGGCAGUACCGGGGCUUCCGGGCCCGCCUCACCUCGGAUUGCGUGGGUUCCCACAGGCCAGGAGACCCGGCCACCGAGCUGCUGCAGGAUGUGCGGCACCUCCUUACUGACCUCCAGGAUCACUUGUCAAAAGACCCCGAUGUCAGAGCCGUCUUUGGGAACAGGGGCCUGGGGGGCCCCCAGAAGGACGAGGAUCUUGGUCCCGCUGUGGAGACGGCCGUUUGCCGGGCGGUGCUGGAGCCGCUGAAGCCUGCACUGUGGACGCGACUCCGCACGCUCCGCGCCCAGGAACUAAGGCGACUGAGGCGGCGGCAAAUAGCCCUGCGGGUGGGGGCGGGGCCUCCAGGUGCUCAGGGGGCGGGGCUUGAGGGUCCAAGCCCCGCCCCCUCCCUGCGGAACCGCAUCCACGCGCGCCUAGAGCACCUGCACGCCGCAUGCGCGCCGCGCCGCAAGGUGGCGCUCCUGCUGGAGGUGUGCAGCGACGUGUACUCGGGCCUGGCGGGCGGCGACAACCAAGAACCCCAGGGGGCCGACGCCUUCCUGCCGGCCUUGACCGAGGAGCUGAUCUGGAGUCCGCACAUUGGGGAGACACAGCUGGACGUGGAGUUUCUAAUGGAGCUCUUGGAUCCGGAGGAGCUACGGGGAGAGGCCGGGUACUACCUGACCACGUGGUUUGGGGCGCUGCACCACAUCGCCCACUACCAGCCUGACGCGGGCCGCGCACCCCAGGGGCUCAGCUCCGAGGCCCGUGACUCCCUUCGCCAGUGGCACCGCAGGCGCACGCUGCACGGACAGAACCCACUUGGAGCUCAGGCCAACCUGCCAUUUGAGGAGCCAUGGGCAGUCGCUACUGUGCCAGGGGCCACUGAUGAUUAGCCGUCUCAGACCCUCUCUACUCCUCAAGCAAGAUACAAAGGCGGCUGGGACAGUGCGCGGAUUAGGGACAGCAAGACAGAAGGGUUCCCAGGAAAAGGGAAUGGCCACCUCAGGGCCUUGGCAAGAGCUGUUCCUGCUUCCUGGAGUGCCCUUCCCUAAUAACCGCAGUGUACCCUGUCUCCCCUCCAGGUCCUCACGCAGAUGUCACCUCAGGGAGGCUCUCCCUGACAGCCCUCUGUAGAACCAUGUCUACUCCCACCUGACUCGGUGAUAGGCAAAAUAAUGACACCCCAGAAGGAUGUUUCAACCUAAUCCCCCCCCCAGUCUGUGAAUAUGCUACCUAACACAUCACAGGUGUGCUCACAUCAAGGACAGAUGUGAGAAGGUUAGCAGUGUGCUGGCUCAAGGGUCCCUAUAAGAGGGAGACAGGGGCCUGGGAAAUAGCCCAGUUGGCAGAGUGCUUACCUCGCAUGCACAAGGCCCUGGGUUCAAUCCCAGCUCCAAAAAAAAAAAGGUAGAGGGAGAGUCAGAGGAGCAAUGAUGCCAGUAGAAAUCAGAGUGAUGUGGACACCAAGGCGGACACUCCAGAAGUUAAAAGACAAGGCAUGGAUUGUCCCCUGGGACUUCAGAAGGAACUCGGCUUUUGUUCUGGACUUCUGACCUAGAGAGCUAUAAAAUAAUAAACUUGUUCAAGUCA